UAUAUAUACGCGGAAAUAAUUUGAUAAUUAUUUGAUUUUAUACUCUUUAGUGUUCCUCAAGUUGCAACCUGGGUGAGCAAGUUAGAGAUGUGGUAUGUGUUACAAGUCUUCGGGGCUCUCUACGUGUCGUCCUAGACAUGAAUUGUCCUGCGAACAAACCAGAAACUAAGAAAUCUUGUAGAGAACGUUCUUGCGUAUCUACUUGGUUUAUAUCGGACUGGACGGCGUGUUCACGAUCCUGCGGUAAAGGUAUUCAGAAACGGGAAGUCCGAUGCUUGAAUGCGGACGGCCAAUUACCGGAACCUCAUCAGAUUCACUGUCGAGAGGACGAUCGACCGAUAUCUCGAAGGACAUGCAACGAUUAUCCUUGCAAAGAUGAUUUACGCGCGUCUGAAAAUUCUCACAGGGUUCUGCAAGUUCAGGACGAUCCCGAAAUAACGAAUGGUAAAACAAAUUCUCUUUCUUAUUAA